UUCAUGCAAAUAUAAGUUGUAUUUAUAUAUAACAUUCACUACAUUAAAAUGCUUUGAAUAUAGGCAUUUUAUAAAACAAUAUAACAUGUGGAUACUGUGUACAAAAUGUGUUCUACUCAUCCAUACCCAUAUCUGUUUUUAAGCACAAAUAUUCACACCUUAUCUCAGGUCAUUUGAGUUCCUGUUUUAAGGUUACUGUGUGACGUCACGGUGUCAGUGAGUCAUUCAGCGCCGCUGUGAUUGAUGUUGCUGAGCCCAGUCGGGAGUGACGUAACGCUGCUGCGAGACGUCACACUCGUGUCCCGCAUACUGAUGAUAAUGUCACCUGAGAUAAACCGCAGUCUGGCAGCAUGAAAUACUCGCAGAUAAAGAAAGGUGAACAGGCUCAGCUAUAAGCAGCAUGUAGCAGCUAUGAAGUCAUUACUGCCGGACAGAUUGAAGCACAGAUCAAUUGAUUUGAGGUUGUCAAAUGGACAAAAGAAAGCCUUGAAUCUGGACUACACGAAGCCAAACUCGUCUAAAACUGAUGAUCGUCUGAAUGUGACCGUCAGGAAUCACAACGCUCCUGUGUUGACAUGUGAGAGCGAGUGUACGGCUCCAGAUCGUUGUCUUUUGUCUCUUCCUGUGUCUCUUCCGAUGGGGAUGGUUUGGGAUUUGUGUCCUCAGUCAUACAGGGUUCAGAUCCACAGGACCACUCGAAGCGCUCGGGCUGUGUACUGUCUGAGUAAAACAGUGAUUCAUGGUGACACAGGAAGUGUGCGCAAUAAUUCGGCUCCAGGUUUUUCCUCCAGCUUCAGUUUGAAAGGCGUCACCUCCACCUCAGACAGACUGGACCUGGACAGGCGAGGUUUGAUGGAGUUACCUCAUCUAAACGGUGGAGAUAAACUACGUCUUCUCAACCUACAGCAUAACUUCAUCUCUUACCUGCACAACCUGGCUCUCCUGCCACACCUUGUGUACCUGGAUCUCUAUGACAACCGUGUGAUUGACAUGUCUGCCAUCUCCUCUCUCACCUCUCUGCGUGUACUUCUGCUUGGAAAGAACAGAAUACAGAAGAUUUGUGAUGUGGACAGUCUGAGUAAACUGGAUGUUCUGGAUUUACACAAUAAUCAGAUUUCUCAGAUUGAGAACGUGUCUGAUUUAUCCGAGCUCCGUCUGUUAAAUCUGUCAGGAAACCACAUCACUAAAGUAGAAAACCUGCAAGGAUUGAAGUCACUGACGGAGCUCAACCUCCAACACAACCACAUCAGAAGUGUGACGGGUGUGGAGCAUCUUCCUCGUUUGAAGCGUUUGUUUCUCAGUGCUAACAGCAUUAGCAGUUUUGAUGAACUGGCCUGUCUGUGGAAGUGUCGCUCUUUGAGUGAAGUGUGUGUGGAUGGGAAUCCUGUGGCGCUGGAGUCAUGCUACAGACAGACUCUUCUCCGCUGUUGUCCAUCACAUCUUCAACUACUCGACAUGAAACGGGUCACAGAGGAGGAGAGACGCACAGCACGACGGGAGGAUGAGAAGAAGAAAGAGACUCAAAAACACACAGCACACAAGGAAAGACGUCGCCUUGCGAUUCAAAAUGCGGCUCAGCAGUGGGAGGGGUUAAAAGUGUGCUCGGAUCUUUCUGUCCACAAUGGUGUGAAGGAGGACGUCAGCCCUGACAGUAGCCCCGCCCACAGCCCCGCACUGACCAAUGGCAAUGCUCAGGAGACCUCGCCAGAUGAGCCCAGACGAUUGAGUCCACUUACAGUUUCUGCUGGAGGUAACGAAAACAAAAUCAAAUCAUCCAGUCGACCAAACAGUCCUAGAGACCCCAGGUUGCAGGAGAGCAUGGGUCCAUGUGUUCAGAGUCUGUCCAUGUCUGACAGUCACAUAGCCGAAUUGGACGGCGAGACGCUGCGUCUGUUUGGCCCCGGGGCCCUGGAGACUUUAGAGCGCUGUUGGAGCGUUCAGACGGCCUCUAAUGUCACCACCAUCGCCUUCCGUUACAUGAGCUUUGACUCCAUCAUUCCCACAUUCCUGCGUAUUCGCCUGAAAUUCCCAAACCUUACGCACCUGAUGUUUAUGGAGACAAACAUCUCUCAUCUUCCUCAGCUGGCUGCUUUGGCUCAGAUCAGACGUCUGGAUCAGAUCACCAUUCAUCCGGAGGGGAAUCCUGUGGUGACCCUGACGCUCUGGAGAUAUUUCCUCAUCUAUAGACUUCAACAUCUUAACCUGCAGAAGAUCAAUGGAGUUGAGGUGAUGAUAAAUGACAUCAUGGCAUCUGAACGGAUGUUUGGUGCUCUUGGUCACAUAGCUGCUACAGAAACACCUCGCUGUCGCCUGCUACUGCUACUGGAAGAGUCCAGGAAGCGACAGCUGCAGUUUGUGUUGGACGGGCGCGGUCGGAGGAGCGGACAGAGCCCUGAAGACAUGAAGGAGAACGGAAAACAGCUAGGAGACGCUUUGAGUCGAGCACUUAUCAACUAUCCCAACAGAACAUCAGACAGUCCUGAGGAGGGCAGCAGCAGUGAUGUUUCUGAUCGUUCUGUGAUGGUGUCGCAGUAUCUCAGAGGUCUCAUUAAUAGAGCAUCCAGUCACAAUCUGAAGGGUGAUGCACUACAGAAACUCUGGCCGUCUCUCUUCACAGAGCUGGUGAGAGAAAGUGUAUUAGAGAUGAAAGACAGACCGGCCUUCAGACAGACCUGUCUCGACCGCCACAGAGAAAGACUCUUGAAAUAAAUGAUUCACAGACCUGGGACUGAUUCAACUGAUUUCAGAUCAGACACAACCUGACCUGUACAACAUUCUUUUCUGUUUUACCUUUACAUUUAAUCAUUUAGCACUCAAUUUAUAAUUUAUUCUUUGCAAAAUAUUGUAUAAAUAUACACUGUAUGAUUUUUAAAUAUAUUUUUUAUUGUUAUAAGACUCUAAAUGCAUUCAUAAAGAUUAUCGCAUGUCAUUUAAAUGGCAAGGUUGAAAAAAGAGAGAAAAAAGAGAAAUGUUGCACUAAAGGAAUGUACAAAUUACAACCUUUUUACUCUAAAGUCAGAUUUAAAAGUAAUAAUUCAGAGAAAUGUCGUUGAAUAUUUAAUUGUUAAUUAAUCUGGAUCAGAAUUGAAUUAAAUAUAAAUCUGCUCUUCAGAUUCAGUGUCACAUGUGAGGUGAUGAUCUGGAUUUGUGUUUAAAUCAAACUCAUUUUCUUUCAGUGAAUUUCUUCUUGUUCAUCCAGUAACUUAAACUCACCAUUAGAAACAAACUACACAAAUAAAGAUGUGAACCUGUUGUGAAACUGAAUGUGUUAUUGUGAUAAACCACAGAGCUGAGAUGGUCUGCUUGUGUUUGUGUAAUUGUGUUAUUAAGUGUGUUUGGGACAUGUUAAGAUCAAGCACAUUCUCUCAUAAGCAUUCAUUUGUUUUGUGUUUUGAUGAUCAUUAAAAGAAAAUGAUCAGGAA